CAGCGCCCACGUGCAGCGACCGAGCUGGGGCCUCCCGGACACCCAGGGCCCCCAGAGUACCAUUUUAGGUGCAGAGCCUUCGCUAUCAGCUUGGGGCUGGAAACUGGGGCCCUGAUAUACUAAGCAGUCGGCCCGGGGUCGUUGAGUGAAAAGGGCGAGACGUGGCCCCCUUCAGCCUGGGGAUUCACUCAAAGGCUGGGCCUGGAAUCGGCGCCCGUAGCAGCUCCGGGAGUCUGAGUGGGGGCAGGCUCGUGGAGGUGGUCUGCUGUUCCCUGGCCCCCUUUCGAGGGGGCGGGGCCAAGGGCUGGGCCGUACCGGGGGCGGGGUGUCCCAGGGGCGGGGCCGGGCCCCUGUGUUUGUUGCACCGUGUCAGUUACAUUGUAACAAAAGUGGUGCAGCCGCUCUUCGGGCCAGCACCCUAGGCCCGCCGGCUGCCAGCUGUCGCCGACAUGGAACCCGUGGCCAGCAAUAUCCAGGUCCUGCUGCAGGCGGCGGAGUUCCUAGAGCGCCGGGAGAGAGAAGCCGAGCAUGGCUACGCGUCCCUGUGCCCGCACCGCAGUCCAGGCCCAGUCUACAGGAGGAGGAAGCGAUCCCCCCAAGCUUCUGGCGCGCUGGACAGUGGGCGGUCUGUGCACAACGAGCUGGAGAAACGCAGGAGGGCCCAGCUGAAGCGGUGCCUAGAGCAGCUAAAACAGCAGAUGCCCCUGGGGGCUGACUGUGCCCGCUACACCACAUUGAGCCUUCUGCGCUGGGCCAGGAUGCACAUCCAGUGCUGUGCUGAGCCCGGGCCCUCGCCCCCUUGGGACCCGCAGAAGCUGGAGGCGCAGGAGCGACAGGCGCGGCGGCUGAAGGAGAAGCUGCGCAGCAAGCGGCAGAGCCUGCGGCGGCAGCUGGAGCGGCUCCGGGGGCCGGCGGGGCCGCGGGCACACAGCCUGGACUCUUCGGGCCUCUCCUCCGAGCGCUCGGACUCGGACCGAGAGGAGGCAGACGUGGACGUGGAGAGCCUGGCGUCCGGGGCCGAGGCCGAGCUGCCGUGGGGCUUCGGCGCGGGCCGGGAGCACAGCUACUCCCACGGCUGCAGCAGCUGGCUGUGACCUGCGCGGCGCCGGCCACCCGCCCGCCCGCCGCCCUUGGCUCGGAGGUCGGAGCCUGCCGCAAGCCUCAGGGGCUGCCUGCAACGGACUGAAAGGACCCUUCCGUGGGAACAGGUGCGGGCCUCCCCCGACCCCCCGUCCCCCGCCCCCACCCCGCCGCUGGGUGCCGGCCGGCCCUCCUAGGGGAGGGCUUGCCCGUGCUUCCCCCGCGUCCUGCAGGGCAGGCAGCUUGCGCCCGGGCCACCCUUCCAGGCCUUUCUUGUAGCACUUGGCUCUGCUGUCCCCACAGGGGGCAGGAAGCCUCUUGGGCCCUCACGUUCCUUCCUAGAGAAGGCCCCCAGAUACUGGACAGUAUUCGCAUUAAAUUUAAGCCUCUUUGCUAACUUCCUGUCCGUGGUCUUGCCUGAUGAAAAUGGGGAACUCUCAGGCACGGACAAACUGGAAAAGAGGAAAUGAGAUCAUAGCCGUGACCGACACGGAUCGUUCACCGUACCAGGCAGUGUCCCUCUACGCCUCACAGCUGGGGGCUGUCUGGCCCCGCUUCACAGGUGGCACCGAGGCUGAGUACGAGACUUGCCUGAGGCCCAAAGCCAGGAAAGCAUGCAGUCAAGAUUCUAACUAAA